AUGAAAAAUAAGAGCACCAGAAUAUCAAAGAAACGACCUAAGCGAGCGCCUUCCAAAAGGGCCCGGGCGAUGGUCGAGAAGCUUAAUAAUGAGGUUCAAAAUGUAGAGGAGAUAUUGAAGGGCGCAGACUUCAAAAAGGACAAGGGAGUGUUUGCCAACUUGCAGACAGACCAUAAGCUCGACCAGCAAACAAAGACCGAGAAAUCCAGAGAAAAUGAUGACCUCGAACGUCAACUGGAUCUGCUCAGUGGCAUCACUAUCGAAGCCACGUCGCACAAGUCAGGAUCCGAGUCUAAAUAA